GGAGAGAUAUGUCAAGUGAAAUGUUAAUACCUAAGCACUUGACAGUUCAUUGGCAAAGUGGAGAACUAAGAGCUUUAAAAACUAGAGGUGAUGGUAAUUGUCUGUACAGAGCCUGCUCAAAAUUACUUUGUGGCAAGGAAGACCUAUGUCAUUUGCUGAGAGACUUGACAAGCAUUGAGCUAUUCAAUCACCAGGAGUAUUAUGCUAACCACCCUUACUUAAAAGAUAAGUUGCAUUUUUUUAAGUCAGAAAAUACUGCUUUUUCUGCAUCAGUAUCAGAUGUGGCUUUAGGCAAUGGCUAUGAUAGGAAAAAUCCAAGCACAAAGGUAAUAGUAGUUAAAGAGGAAGCUCUAAAUAAUGCAUGCAAUGGUACUUAUUCUUCACUUAUGUGUAUAUUUGGUUUGUCUUCUGUCACUGGAAUGACUAUAAUUUCAGUUUAUCCCGAAAAGUUGGACCAGGAGACCAAAUAUUCACAAUUUCUAAAUGGUAAAAUUCUUCCACGGCAAGCACACCAACAUAUUUCAAGUCAACUUGUUCAGCCUGCUAAGUUAAUUUUAAUGUGGACAACUACUGGUGCUUAUUCUCUUCCAGAAUUAGAUAUAGAAUUUCAACCCAAUCAUUUUGUACCACUAAUUGAAUUUAAUCAAACUAAUAACUCAAGAGUUAAUAAUAAAAAAAAAAUUACUGACCACUUUAAAGUUGAUGUCUUACAGAAAAAUAAAAGUGGACUUGAGCAACAAAUAGACACAACUUUGGUAGCACCUGCAAAAUCCUCACCAAGGGAAGACUUAGAUGGCAGCAGCUAUGAUUGCUUGAAGACUUCCUUAAAACGACCUCUUUCAUGCGACUUUGAAGAUGGAAAAGUAUCAAAUGCUUCUUGUCCCUUGUCAAAAUCUGUAAAAACUGAUAUGACAGAUGUUGAUCCCUUGGAUAUUGGACAUUUUGUAUCUGUGGCGGCCCUAGAUGACGACACAAAGCUAAGACUUAUAACAAAUCACUGGAAGCCUCCCCCUUCUUUCAAUUUUCCUUUUCUGAGAAUGGUAAAUCUUCAAGAAAAUUUUGUGCUGGCUGGCUAGAUCGUUGGUCCUGGUUGUGCUAAUCUAAAUUAUUUGAUG